AUGAGUUCAUCAAUCAAUGGCCGAAAACCAAGUGAAAUUUUCAAAGCACAAACUCUCUUAUACAAACACAUGUAUGCCUUCAUAGAUUCCAUGUCUCUUAAAUGGACAGUUGAAAUGAACAUACCAAAUAUCAUCCAUGAUCAUGGCCAACCAAUUACUCUAUCAAACCUAGUUUCAGUUCUUCAAGUUCCAUCGUCCAAAUCGGGUAACGUGCGUAGUCUCAUGCGUUACCUCGCACACAACGGCUUCUUUGAGAUUGUAACUAAUCGAGGUUUGAAUAAUGAAGAAGAAGCUUACGCUCUAACGGUUGCAUCUGAGCUUCUUGUUAAAGGAAGUGACAUUUGUUUAGCUCCAGUGGUUGAGGGUAUUCUUGAUCCAACGCUUUUGUGCUCCUUUCAUGAGCUGAAAAAGUGGAUUUAUGAGGAUGAUCUUACACUCUUUGAUGUUACUUUAGGAUAUGCUUUUUGGGAUUUUCUUGAUAAAAACCCUAAUUUUAAUAGAUCAUUCAACGAGGCAAUGGCUUGUGAUUCGAAAAUGAUAAACUUGGUUUUGAGAGAUUGUAAUUUUGUGUUUGAAGAAUUGGAAUCAAUUGUAGACGUUGGUGGUGGAACUGGAACAACAGCUAAGAUUAUUUGUAAGACAUUUCCUAUGCUGAAAUGUAUUGUUUUUGAUAGGCCACAAGUUGUUGAGAAUUUAUCUGACACCAAGAAUUUGAGUUAUGUUGGUGGUGACAUGUUCAUAUCUAUUCCUAAUUCUGAUACUAUUCUUCUUAAGUGGAUUUUACAUAAUUGGAGUGAUAAAGAUUGUAUUAAGAUAUUGAAAAAAUGUAAAGAAGCAGUUACAAGUGAUGCAAAAAGAGGAAAAGUGAUUGUGAUAGAGAUGGUGAUAAAUCAAAAGAAAGAUGAGAAGAACAUUACUCAAAUGAAGCUCCUUAUGGAUGUAAACAUGACAUGUCUUUUUAAUGGGAAAGAGAGAACUGAAGAAGAAUGGAAGAAACUCUUCGCCGAAGCUGGCUUUCCAAACUAUAAGAUAUCUCCUUUAACAGGAUAUUUAUCCGUUAUUGAAAUAUAUCCUUAA